AUGGCUAUAAAUAAUCCACAAGCAACGUUAGAAAAAGAGGCCGAUGCUCUUCAAGAUUCUCGUCCAGUUCGAGUAAAUUCUUCUAGAAUAAAUCAGCUAUCAAAUGACACUACAGAUCUGUUAACACCUGAUCAACAACGCGAACGAAUUCUAACCUUAUUUGUCAUUGCGUUGAUCUCCCUUUUAACAGGAAUUGAUUAUGCGAUUAUUCUACCCACGGCCUGGAAUUAUGUUCGACAAUUCAUACAGCAUCAUUAUGCCGGUUUUACUAUUGGCAUUCUUCUGUCCGUCUUUGCUUUAUCGGGUGCAAUAGCUGGAAUCAUCUUUGGUUAUCUGGACGAUAUCGGUGUAUCGUUAAAACGAUUAAUUUUAGUUGGAAUAUCAUGUUUAAUUAUUGGCAAUAUAUUCUAUUUUAUUGGUUUUAAUAUAUAUGUUGUGAUUCUUUCGCGAUUAAUAGCCGGUAUUGGCAUGGGUUUAGUCCCGCCACUGUUAGCAGAAAUAUCGAGAAGAUCAACACCAGAGACACGAACACAACUAUUUGCAAAAAUACUCGGUUGUCGUCAGAUUGGUCUGUUUCUCGGACCUUGUUUCACUGUUCUUCUCAAACAAUUCGAUUUCAAAUUAUUCGGUCUACCCGUAACAAUGCACAAUGCCCCUGGUUUACUCAUGGCUACAUUAUGGUUCAUUGUGAUUCUGCUCACAAUGUGUUUCUUCUAUGAUGCACCGAUAAGAGUUCAUGAUGCACAAUCGUUGUCAAAUAUAAUCAAAAACAAUUCAUUCUGUCAAGCAUGUCAACAGUGUGGCAAACUUUGCAAAAAUCCUGUCAUUCUGGUACUUCUCAUCACUUCGUUCAUCGCUUAUUUUAAUCAAACAGCACUUGAAACUGCCUUAACUCCAUUCACCAAUCAGCAGUUCAAUUGGGGCGAACUCGAAAUCUCAUUUUUAUUUGCCGUCGCCGGUGUUGAAAUAGUCAUUGUUUAUAUUGGCCUGCACUAUAUCUCAAAAAAAGUGCGCGAUCAGACUAUUCUCGCCUUCGCUUACGUAACUCUAACCUUUGCUUGUCUUAUCGCUGUGGUUAUCCUACCAUUCUCCAAAGUUGGUUCAACAAAAUUCCUGCCGAUCUUUCUGUUAUUCGUCGCAUUGGACAUUUUCUCGUUGCCGUUGAUUGCUGUCACGACUACGACUUUGUACACUCGAGAAGUCGACAAAGAACAACAAGGUAUCGGCCAAGGCAUUCAACGUUCCGUUGUGAACAUUGGCACUAUUGUUGGUCCAUUAUACGCAGGCGCUUUAUUGAAAACAACGUGGAUAAUGCUUGUGGUUAUGCUUGCUAUCAUUCUAAUUGCAACAGUUUUAGUUUUGUGCACCUAUCGAUCGUUUCGUUCGAGAACGAACGAUGAAUUCGAAGCAUUAAUUCCAUCUGUAGAUGAGAAUUGA